AUGCGUGUCAAGACCGACGCAGGAAGCGUCACCGUGGACAGCGCCGUUGAAGUGAAGACCUCCCAAAUCAAAGAGUCGCAAAUACAAACCUCAGAUGUGCAAGGCAGUUCCUCGAACCCAAUCCCUGCAACGGGUCAAAAAACCAAGCGAGAACGAGUUCGCCAUGUCUGCCACCAUGAGCUCGACUGCCAAUUCUGCGCAAUAAAUGCCUCUCGGGUUUGCCGAAACACUUCCAAGUCAAGCGCGCUCGCCAAGGAUCCUCUUGAAGAUUCGGUCUCAUCGCUCAUCGACUCUAACAAGAAUCCCAAGAUCUCGGUGAUGGGUGCCAGAUAUCAAGAUAGGCUCGCCCAUCGAUGGAGAAAUAUUGACCCGAAGCUUGCGCGCAAAGCUCUGCUCUGGACUAUGUGUACCCUUGCUGCUCAAGCCGCUAUUAUCUUGUGGAGUAUCUACCGCAUCCACUGGUACACGAGACCAUUGGAGAACCAGAAGUUUACUGGGCAUUCGAGAGACACUGAGAGGAUCUUAGCUUAUGUAUUUGCAGACUGCGUGGCUCCUGUGCUUGCUGCUUAUUGGGCUUUUUAUGGUCUGGAGCCUCUGUACCUGAUUCUUGUUCGAUUCUUCGACCUCAACCGCAAGCUCUGUGUACGAGUAUCCAUAGUUACUCUGUUCGCUUUGGUUGCGACCACAAUAGGAAUGGUACCAAUCCUCUUAGUGAAUCUAGGUCCUUCUCAAGCCUGGUAUGACCAGAUGCGAGAUACUUGCCGUGGAUUUGAGACAAGAGUAGAGUUUGACGACUCAAACAACAUUCCAGCAGAACUAAUUUCUCUGUAUCGACCAGGCCAUCGAGAUCAAGAAGUACGAUACUUUGAGAUCACUACAGUUACGGCCCCAGGUAUCGCUUCGACUGAAUCUUUCCAAAGUUUCUACCGCGUAUCGCGAAGAACUUCAUCGCUUACGGGUGGGUUUGUCGUCGACCUUGAUCUCAAGAAUAAUGAAUGGCGUCUACUUAACCUAACGGCCGACACACCGAUAUCCGCGAUCCAGGCGAGCGUCGUCCAGGUACCUUUGUUGAUCAGAAAUGGGACCUGGUCCAACAGUUCCUUAUCAAGUCCUCAUGCCACCUUCCCCGAGCUCAACAUCGAGGUGCUAAAUGUGCAUCUCUUUGACAAAGACUGCCAUUUCCAGCCCUUCGUCACUGUUUUCCAAACAGAAGGGAUGGCCGAUGCCGAAGUCAGAAGCCAACGCCAAGAGAAGUGGACUCCAGGAGGGGCCAAGAAUGUGGUGCUACGAACCGCGGACUUCGGCCACAACAUGCACGGACUGGAAGCUUGUAUCAAGAGCGAUCUGCUGAAUUUGGCCGACGGAGGGGAGGCCGAGACGGCUGCUGAUGUCAUGGUACCGCUGAGUCUGCUUGCCGUGUUGAGGAGCAAGAUGAAGGACGAUGGGCGGUAUGGGGGGAAGUGUAGCCUUACUAGUUAA